AUGAGUCAAAAAUACUUUUCUACCAGAACGUCUAAGGACCAUUUGAGUUUCGAGGAGGCCGUUAUUGAGGGCCUGGCUCCUGAUGGAGGUCUGUAUAUUCCCAGUGAAAUUGCCAAGCUGCCCGAGGAUUUCCUGACGAAAUGGAAAGAUCUUUCGUUUGCUCAGCUGGCUACUGAGAUCCUGUCUCUGUAUAUCUCCGAGGAAGAGAUCCCAAGAGCUGAUCUGGAAAAACUCGCCGCCAGAUCGUAUUCGACUUUCAGAUCCGACCAUGUGACUCCCACAGUUCCUUUAAAUAAGGAUAAGAACUUAUGGCUGUUGGAGUUGUUCCAUGGACCCACUUAUGCUUUCAAGGACGUCGCUUUACAGUUUGUUGGUAAUUUGUUUGAAUAUUUUUUGGUUCGAAGAAACGCUGGAAAGAAGGAGAAUGCUCCUGAUAGAGAUAUUAUCACUGUGGUCGGUGCUACCAGUGGUGAUACUGGAUCCGCUGCUAUCUACGGUUUGAGAAACAAGAAAGAUGUUUCGGUCUUCAUUCUGUAUCCUACUGGUCGUGUUUCUCCUAUUCAAGAGACUCAGAUGACCACUGUUCUGGAUUCCAAUGUUCAUACUAUCUCUGUCAAGGGUACUUUUGACGACUGUCAAGAUCUUGUCAAGCAAACGUUUGCUGAUAAGGAAUUCAAUGAAAAGUACCAUAUUGGUGCUGUCAAUUCCAUCAACUGGGCCAGAAUCCUCGCUCAAAUUACAUACUACUUUUACUCGUAUUUCACUCUGCUCAAAACUACCGACGGCAAGGUCACCCCACGAUUUGUCGUUCCUACUGGUAACUUUGGCGACAUUCUCGCUGGUUUCUACGCCAAGCGGAUGGGUUUGCCAAUCGACCAGCUCGUUAUUGCCACUAACGACAACGACAUUCUGCACAGAUUCUUCCAAUCUGGAGACUAUUCCAAGUCAGUUGGCGAUGCUGCUCCUGUUGUUCAUGCUACUCUUUCACCUGCCAUGGACAUUCUUGUUUCCAGUAACUUCGAGCGUUUCCUAUGGUACGUUGCCCGAGAGAACCUCGCAUCUACUAAUGAAGAGGCCGGUGCUAUUCUGAAUAAGUGGAUGAGCGAGCUCAAGACCAAGGGCAAAUUCCACGUUCCUGAGAACGCCCUUGCUGCUGCUCGCAAGGAGUUCUCCAGUGAGCACACUUCCGACAAGGAGACUGUUGAGACUAUCAGAAAUGUCUACAACGACCCUGCUUCUGGCAAGUAUGUUCUUGAUCCACACACUGCUGUUGCUGUUCAUGCUGCUCUUGCUCGUAUCGCCGCCAACAGCAACACCUCUGCCCAAUACGUGGCUCUCUCUACAGCCCACCCUGCCAAGUUCUCCGAGGCCGUGAACUUGGCUCUCCAAGGCACUGAUGGAUACUCUUUUGAGGCCGACGUCCUGCCUGACGAGUUCAAGGAAAUGCAAACCAAGGAAACCAAAAAGAUCUUUGCCGACAAACCCGACAUCGAGCUCCUGAAAUCCAUCAUUGUCGACGAGCUCGCCAAAGAAAAGAAAACCGCUUAA